AAUAUUCAUGUGGUAAAGACUCUGUACACAUAUUUGUAUUUUCUGCUUCAGCCUUGUUGGAGAACGCAAACACUAGUGAGAAAGAAGUGGCAACGGUAACCUUUAAUCAGCUAAUAAUAUUUAACAAUUAUUAGCUUUCUUGAGUUGGCUGUUGGUGAAAGCCGUUAAAGAGAGGGAGGGAAAAAAGAAAGAUGUUGGGUUGCUGCAGAUUCACCUUCACACUUGCUCCUUCCACUCUAUACAACAAAAGAAAUAGAAGAAGUGGGUUUUCUUGCAAAGCAGACACCCCACAAUUUAAUGUCAAUAACGGAGACCAUACCAAGAAAAAGGUAGUCAUUGUUGGGUCUGGUUGGGCUGGUCUUGGUGCUGCUCAUCACCUCUGCAAUCAGGGUUUUGAUGUUACUGUUCUUGUUGAUGACAAUGGUUUUGGCAAUCCAGAUGAUAUUGGCAUACAAGGUUUUUGGAAUCCCUACCAAAAUAUAUUUAGCCUUGUCAAUGAACUGGGCAUCACUCCCUUCACCAACAAAAUAAGGUCUGCACUUUAUUCCACAGAGGGAUUGGAGGUUGAAUUUCCAGUAUUCCAAGAUCAGCCUCAAUUGCCUACCCCAUUGGGAACCUUCUACUAUACUCAAUUCACAAGGCUCUCAUUGUUGGAUAGAUUAACAUCACUUCCUUUAAUGGCUGCAGUAAUUGACUUUGACAACACCGACGUGGCUUGGAGAAAAUAUGAUGCAAUUACUGCAAGGGAACUUUUCAAACAGUUUGGCUGCUCAGAAAGAAUUUAUCGGAGUGUUUUUGGUCCACUGCUCCAAGUUGGUUUGUUUGCCCCACCAGAGCAAUGUAGUGCAGCUGCAACACUUGGAAUGCUCUACUUUAUCUCCCUUGCUCACCAGAAAGAUUUUGAUAUGGUAUGGUGUCGUGGAACGGUUAGAGAAAAGAUUUUCAACCCGUGGAUGGAUUCUCUGAGGACUAAAGGCUGUCGAUUUAUGGACAAUGGAAAGAUUAAGGAUUUCAUCUUUAAUGAAGAAACAAGUUGCAUUUCAGGAGUGGUUUGCAGCAAUGAGACCUAUAAUGCCAAUGCAGUAAUUUUGGCUGUUGGGAUCUCGGAGGUUCAAGAACUUGUCAAGAAUAGUGGAGCAUUAUGUACGCGGGAGGAGUUUCUGAAAGUCUUGAACCUGUCUGGAAUUGAUGCACUCACCUGUAAACUUCAGCUUGACAGAAAGGUCAACAUUGCUCAUGCUAGUAAUGUUUGUUCUACAUUUGAAGAUUCACUUGGAUGGACAUUUUUCGACCUGAAUGCACUUCAUGAUGAGCAUAAAGACAGCGAAGUGACAACGAUUCGGGCUGAUUUCUAUCAUGCGAACGAGCUGUUACCGCUUGAGGAUGAACUUGUAGUUACGAAAGUGAUAUCCCACCUCUCCAAUAUCAUCAAGGACUUCGAGAAGGCUAGAGUGGUGAAAAAGGAGAUUGCAAGAUUUCCAAAAUCCUUGACACAUUUCUUCCCAGGUUCAUAUAGACACAUGAUGCGUGGUUCGACAUCUUUCCCAAACUUGUUCAUGGCUGGAGAUUGGAUUAUAACCCGGCAUGGAUCAUGGUCACAGGAGAAAUCUUAUGUUACUGGACUGGAGGCUGCAAACCAGGUAGUAGAUUUUCUUGAAGAAGGAAGCUUUGCUAAAAUAAUAGCAGUAGUGGAAGAUGAGCCUCAUGUCCAAGCUCUCCGGACCCUUAACAGAAGAUUCAAUGAGAUCAGUGACCAACUUCCAUUAUUUGAUUUUUUCCUACAGUGAGACAGACUGCCUCUUCAAGUUGUUAUGCAGUAUUUUGACCUCGGAAGAAGUUGACAAGAACAGACCUUCAUAUAAAUGUAAAGAAAAAUACCAAAUGUAUAAUUUGCCACUCACCUUUUUAUGAAAAGUCAUUCUACCCCUUCAAUUUUAUUUUUAUCAUAUUUAUUCCUUUAA